CGCUGAUUUAUUGGCCUCAUGAAUAAAACUAACGGCUUAGAUCCGUUUAUGGUCGAACGAUAUUAAGGGCCAAAGUUCCUUCCAUUUUCCAGAAAAAUUUAAAAACCCAAUUCCGAGAACUCUUUGUCUUCUGUUCGUCUACGUAAAUUCGCUAGAUAUUGAAAGAUGGCGGACGGUGAAGACAUUCAGCCACUCGUUUGUGACAAUGGGACUGGAAUGGUCAAGGCCGGUUUUGCAGGUGAUGAUGCUCCAAGAGCUGUAUUCCCAAGCAUCGUUGGACGUCCACGUCACACGGGGGUGAUGGUUGGAAUGGGACAAAAGGAUGCAUACGUUGGUGACGAGGCACAGUCCAAACGUGGUAUCUUGACUCUCAAAUACCCAAUCGAGCAUGGUAUCGUCAACAAUUGGGAUGACAUGGAGAAGAUAUGGCAUCACACUUUCUACAACGAGCUCCGUGUUGCCCCUGAAGAACACCCGGUUCUGCUAACCGAAGCUCCCCUCAAUCCAAAGGCAAAUCGUGAGAAGAUGACACAGAUCAUGUUUGAAACAUUCAACACCCCUGCUAUGUAUGUCGCCAUUCAAGCUGUUCUCUCUCUCUACGCCAGUGGCCGUACUACUGGUAUUGUUUUGGACUCUGGAGAUGGUGUGAGCCACACGGUUCCAAUUUACGAGGGUUAUGCUCUUCCACACGCAAUCUUGCGUCUGGACCUUGCGGGCCGUGAUCUGACCGACUACCUCAUGAAAAUCCUGACAGAGCGUGGUUACUCCUUCACCACAACUGCUGAGCGUGAGAUCGUUAGAGACAUGAAAGAGAAGCUCUCUUACAUUGCCUUGGACUAUGAGCAAGAGCUCGAGACUUCCAACACCAGUUCAUCUGUCGAAAAGAGCUUUGAGCUGCCAGAUGGUCAAGUGAUAACCAUCGGUGCAGAGCGUUUCAGGUGCCCGGAAGUCCUGUUCCAGCCAUCGAUGAUCGGAAUGGAAAAUCCAGGAAUUCAUGAAACUACUUACAACUCGAUCAUGAAAUGUGAUGUGGAUAUCAGGAAGGAUCUUUAUGGUAAUAUUGUGCUUAGUGGUGGUACCACAAUGUUUGGUGGAAUUGGUGACAGGAUGAGUAAAGAGAUCACCGCCUUGGCUCCAAGCAGCAUGAAGAUCAAAGUUGUGGCUCCACCAGAAAGGAAGUACAGUGUCUGGAUCGGUGGCUCUAUCCUGGCUUCCCUCAGCACUUUCCAGCAGAUGUGGAUUGCGAAAGCCGAGUAUGACGAAUCUGGACCGUCUAUCGUUCACAGGAAGUGCUUCUGAUCAAAGUCAUCGACUAAAAAAGUGCGGUAAAAAUUUUCUGAUAACCAUUUUUCACCCUGAGCCAGUUGCCAUCACUACUUACCUUGCUUCUCUGUAUGUUUCUGUUAUUCUUCUUCUUCCUCAUUGUUUAUUAUUAUAAUCUUGCUUGUGAUGUAAAUCAAGUUUCAAACACAUUAUUUACUAUUUUAUAUUGUAUCAUAUUGGUGGUAUACACACUAUCUUUUUUCUCGUAUUUGAUAUGAAAUAUAUUUAAUUA